ACUCUCGGGACUCCCCUUCACGCGCCCUUGUCCGCGCCUUGCAUCCAGAACCUACCUGCCCGCGAAAUGAGCACCAUCCUUUCCUGCCAAGAUCUGAGCUUUGUGGGGGGGCAGCGCUACAACUGCCCUUACUCCGUCUCGACGUCAGCUGACCCCAGUGUUGACGUUUCCACGGAGACGCUGGUCUCCCUCUGGGACGCCCGUCCCCGGGACAACGCAGCGUGCCAACAGCACGAGCGGCCACUGCGGGAUUCGCAGCAUUCAGACCAUGGGGCGAUUUCCCUGCAGACGUGGCCAGACCAUCUCUCCCCGCACCUUCAAAGGAAUAAACAGCUUCAGGACACUUUGAUGCAGAGAGAAGAGGAACUUGCUCGACUUCAUGAUGAAAACAACAAGCUCAAAGAGUUCCUCAACUCCUCCUUUGUUAAAUGUCUGGAGGAGAAACGAAAGCUCCUCUACGGUCCCAGCCGCCACAGGAAGCGCCGUCAGCAGGUGUGUGCGGAGGAGCGUGGUCCAUGUGGGCUGGUCCCAGACGGUGUGACGAAGCGGACUUGUCGAAACCUGUCUCUGGAGUUUUGCUCGGCCGAGGAGCUGGCGACCACGCCGCCGUUGGAUUCCUGGGUUCUGGAGACGCUGGGCCUGAAGGACCAGGACACCAUCGAUCCAGAGUCUGGCUUCAGCAGCCCCACCCUGGACCCCCCACGGGCAUCUUUCAACCCAACCUCCUCUAACUCUGUCUCCACGAGCUACAUCUCCCCCUCUGCCCACUACAGCCCCCCCACGCUGGGCUCCACCUGUGACUUCAGCGCCAUCAUGGACUCCUCCAGCAGCUACAGCUGCAGCCUGCAGUCCUCAGGCAGCUACACCCACGAUGCAGACCCUUCGUCCAGCCACGGCUCCUCCCUAAGCUCAGCCUCAGAGUUCAGCUCCAGCGUGGGGAUGCCCCUGGUGUACCCCCACACCCCGACAGUGGGCCCCCAGGCCCUACACCCCGCAGGCCAUCUCCUCUCCCCUGACCUCUCUGAGCGCCUGGCCCCGGUGGCGGCCUCCACACCGCAGCGCUCUCCUCAGCUGCAGUGCAGCAGCUCCCCCAGCCCUGCAGGGGGCAGUGGCGACCUGUGCUCCCCGGUACAAAGCAGGAGCGAUCUGGCCUUCAGCAUGCUCCUCAGUCCUCGCAAUAGCGUGCGCACACACAGCUUCCCCCAGGGGCAGGCCUUUGUGCGGAAGGAUGUGCAGGGUGGUUGGAACUUUACCUGGGUGCCCAAGCAGUGUUCAUAGAUGUUCUGCAGCUAGCGCCCUCUGUAUGUGGGAGGACCAAACAGACUAAUUUCUACCAGAAGUUACAGAGGCAUUUGUACUCUGGGAUUUGUCCUGUACUGGCUGUACAGGAACUAACAUGUGUUGUGUGAGUGUUUAUGUGUAUAUUUGUGGGACAACCCCA